AUGUCCUUACUAGAAAGCCACCUUGAGCAGAUCCAGCUCUCCUCCAAUGUCAUCGCCGAUCUUUCGUUCCCUCCACCACGGAUCUUCACCAAUGCUCUCCUCGGCUCCCACGACAUCACCGCCCUGAUCCGGGACACAGAAUCUCAUGAACGCGCGCUCUUUCAGACCGAUCCGUCCGUCAAGUCGUCCCAACGGCGAGCCACGCGACGGGGGACCAUCUUCCCAGCUGAAGCCGAAGGCGAAUCCAUGGCGAGCCGAAUCUACUCCGCGCGAAACAACCGAAAUCAGUCGGCGGUCGCACGUGUCCUCGGGUCUGACAUGAUGGAGGAAAUCAAACGGUCCGCGGGGACGUCGACGCGGGGUUCUCGGAGUGAGGUCAACGUCGAUGUUCUUCUGCGGGGGGCGGAAAUCUUGUGCAAUGUAUAUCCCGUUGCGGGUGCGCAGGAGAAGAUUGCGAAUCUGCGGUACCGACAUCAGAUGAUCAGCGAGUCGCUUCUUGAACUCGAGGAGAGGGUUGCGAAAAACACGGCCGAACUGGAAAGAAUGAGCCAUUCCUAUGGCGACGACGACUAUGACGAGGUCGACAUGACGAAUAGUGUUCCGUCUGAACUCGGCGAAGUGACAGAUGCAGAUAUUGAACGAGAGCUGGAAGAGAUCCGCGCGCUGGAGAUGAAGAAGCGGACGUUGGAGAAUCGCGUCAGCGGGAUGGACCGAGACUUGGGAGAGCUGAUGGGAUGA